AUGGCCAUCACCGGCACGAAAGUGGCUCUAAUCUUACUUGCUCCGGGGUUCGAGGAAAUCGAACUCGCAACACUAUACCGCUUCUUGGUUCGAGCCGGGGUCCAACCGAUGCUCGUGCCACUUCCCGGACCACAUGAGUACCCGGUGCCCGGAGGGCAUAAAGUCUCGGUUUUUGUGCACCAACCGUUUCCCCAAAUGCAAGAUCUGAUUCAACCGGCAUUGAUUUUACCCGGUGGUGCUGCCGCGACUGAGGCACUCAUACAACCGAUCGAGGUGGGCAAUUUGCUCAAACUGUACGAGGAUCGACGUCGGAUAAUUGCUGCAGGCAGCACAUCACCUAAAGUGCUACAACCCUAUCGAAUCUAUGAGACUUUGCGUGUAGCUGCCAAUCCGUCGGUUCAGGCCAGUAUUACAGAACACUGGUAUCUCCCUUCCGAGGUGGUGCUUGAUCAGAGCCUUGUCACAAGUCGAAGUGCGUCUGCCAGUGCCGAGUUUGCUUUGGCCAUUGUUCGACGCUUGGUGAGCAAGUCCAUGUCCGAGAAGCUUCGCUGGGAAUGGUACAACGGAACCGAUUUGGACUAG